AUGGCAGACAUCUUAACUCAACUUCAAACCUGCCUUGAUCAGCUCGCAACCCAAUUCUACGCAACGCUGGGCUACCUCUCAACAUACCAUGACAACAGUGCAGCAAUACCACCACCAAACGUCCCAGACGCAGCGCCUGCUCUUGCAAAAAUCUCCAAAAACACAACCUCCCCUCCAGUCCCAGCAUCCAUAGCCGCGAAAGUGGGCGAUGCAACCACAGGACAAGCAUCUCCCCCACCCGCACCACCACAACAACCCGGUGAAGGUCCAGCUGAAGGUGAAGAUCCGAAUCUCCCACCGCAGCCUGAUUCACCGCGCACAUUUGCGAGUCGGCAGCGGGAAUUGGCGCGGGAUCUCAUUAUCAAGGAGCAGCAGAUUGAGUAUUUAAUCUCUGUGUUACCCGGUAUCGGUGCCUCGGAGGCAGAGCAGGAAGCUAGGAUUCGGGAGUUGGAGAGACAACUGAGAGAUGUGGAGAAGGAGAGAGAGGAUAAGGUGCAAGAGUUAAGAGCGUUAAGGAGGCGGCUGGAGGGUGUGCUUGGGGCUGUUUCGGUGGGGAUUCAUGGAGAUCGAGAGGGAGGAUUGAGAGAAGUUGGCAAUUGA